AUGCGUGAAAAGCCCACCAGACAUGAGAAUGUUUACCGCAAAGUAAAUAUAUUCUCUCACCCACACAGGAGAUGCGCUUUUUUUUCCCCCUCGGAUAACGGAAAAGUGUCUUUCUGCAGUUGGGCCCAUAAUGGUGAGCGUAUUAGUCUCAGGAUAAAUAUUCACAUCUAUCAUUACAUCAUUCUUUCUUUCUUUUUUUCUUUCUUUCGUUCGUUCUGUCUUUCUUUCUGUGUGUCUAUCUUCUUCCGUUUGUUCACAUCUAUCUCUGUUCAUUUUCAUCUAUCUAUCUAUCUAUCUAUCUAUCUAUCUAUCUAUCUAUCUAUCUAUCUAUCUAUCUAUCUCAGUGUGUUCAUUAUCUAUCUCAGUGUGUUCAUUAUCUAUCUAUCUAUCUAUCUAUCUAUCUAUCUAUCUAUCUAUCUAUCUAUCUAUCUCAGUGUGUUCAUUAUCUAUCUAUCUAUCUAUCUAUCUAUCUAUCUAUCUAUCUAUCUAUCUAUCUAUGUGCCAUUUGACAGAAGUAGUUCGCACAUUUUGAGAUCUGGACGUUUUUUUCUUCCUUUCUUUUUCAUCUUUCUUUCUUUCUCUUUAUUUUUUCUUUCUUUCUUUCUGAUUUUCUUUCUUUUUCUUUCUUUCUUUGUUCUUUUUUUCUGUUUUUCUUUCUUAUUUUCUUUAUUUUCUUUUUCAUUUUCUUUCUGUUUUACUUUCUUUUUUCUUUCUUUUCUCUUUCUUUCUUUCUUUUUUGUCUUUCUUUUCUUUCUUUCUUUUUGUCGUUCUUUCUUUCUUUUUUAUUUCAGUUUUUCUUUAUUUCUUUCUGUUUUUUCUUUCUUUCUUUCAUGA